UUUUGUUGUCAAACCGAUUUCCACAGAUGCAGACAUGAGGCGUCUAGAGGAUGACAGGAACUUCCAGACCUGCUGACUCUCUUCAGGGAAGAAGCAUCAACAUCAGAGGUUAAAUCCUCAGAAGCUCCUGAAGGUCUUCAUACACGACCGACAGAAAACACAGAGGAGUCUGAAACAGCGUAUCCUGAGGGCAAAUAGAUGAUGGCGAUACUUCGCCGCAGAUGUGUGGAGUGACAGAUGACAUGGGGAUUGAUACAUCAAGCGAGGGAGCGAGCCAGAGACGCUGCGUCGCCAAGAGUCACUUCUGCCGGUAACAGAAAUGAGCGGAAAAGGUCCGGCGCUUCGGUCAGCGGGAGAGAAGAACUCAGACUGAUCAUCAACGCUGAUCUGACAGACGGUGGAAAUCCGCUUGGGAAAAAAACAACAAAAAGAAACACCUUGGCAAGUGAGGUUUACAGCGGAAAGCAAGAGAUUCAAAGGGAGCCGUACCUUUUGGCAAACAAACCACCGCUGAUUGGGUGGGUGCAGAAGGCUGUGGGCAGCAAGCCAUGGUUAUGAGUGAUCCAAUUUCCAGCUCGCAAUUAGAAACACUUAAAGGUCUGUGUUCUAGCAGGCGGGAGAUGUGGCUAAAUACCAAUAAACAACUUGGGACAGCAUGGCUCGCCGUCUAAGUUGAGGUCCCUUUGCCAGCGGUAUCUUGGCAAGAAAUGGGAGGUUUAAACCUCAAACAACAACUUGAGACUGUUUGCAGCAAGCAACACUUUUGUUUCCCCCCUGAUUUAGUAUGAUAGAAAAUCUAAUCCCUCCCAACCCUCUCCCUCUACUUUCCUGUCCGUCAAGUUUCUCCUUCCCUCGGAUGUUGUGCCGAUCCAUAAUUAAGCUCAUGUUUGAAAACCCAACUCAACGCUUUGUGCGUUGCUAGCAAGCAAAAGGAGUCCAACACCUUUCAGUCUUUGAAACAGUGACUACUCUUGUGAGAAAUGGGUGGCCCAGCAAGGACUGUCCUCGGUGGGAUUGGCACAACCACCUCCUCCCUGGAGGUUGGGAGUCAGAUAGGUUGGCCGAGCAACAACCCACUGGACUUCAAUCAAACCCUAGCGUGGGGAACGGGAGGCGGCGGAGGCGCGAGUGCAGCAGCCAUGAGUCUGGGUUUGGGUUUGGACAAUUCGACCACCCAGGAGUCGGUCACCAAGUCCGUGAUCAAAGAGAAGAACUGGCCAGCGCUGCUGAUCCUGGUAAUCAUCGCACUGACGGUUGGUGGCAACAUCCUGGUGAUUCUGGCGGUGUCCCUGGAGAAGAAGCUGCAAAACGCCACCAACUUCUUUCUGAGGUCGCUGGCUGUGGCGGACAUGCUUGUAGGCAUCCUGGUCAUGCCCAUUUCCCUCAUCAACAUCCUCUAUGACUACGCCUGGCCUCUACCCAGCGCCCUUUGCCCAAUCUGGAUCUACCUGGACGUGCUGUUCUCCACCGCCUCCAUCAUGCACCUGUGCGCCAUCUCCCUGGACCGAUACGUCGCCAUCCGCAACCCCAUUGAGCACAGCCGCUUCAACUCCAGAACCAAAGCCAUGAUGAAGAUCGCCGCAGUCUGGACCAUUUCUAUAGGCGUGUCAAUGCCCAUCCCAGUGAUCGGUCUCCACAACGAGGACAAGGUUUUUGUCAAUGGCAGCUGCGUCCUCAACGAGGAGCGCUUCAUACUGAUUGGUUCUUUUGUGGCCUUCUUCAUCCCGCUGGUCAUCAUGGUGGUGACUUACUGCCUCACCAUACAGGUGCUCCAGAGGCAGGCCACGGUCUUCCUGUAUGAAGCAAAGUCUUCUUCCCAGCAGCCUUUGAGCGCACCAGCAAUCACACUGCAGCCUCCACCGAGCCCCUUCCACCUUCCACAAAUCAACACUCUUUCCCCUCCAAACUCGCAAGAACUGAAGCCGCCGCCGCUCCAGAGCAGACGGAACACGCUGAGCUGCCUGAAGGGCCCGGAGCCCAGCAUUCUGCUCAGCGCCUCCGCCUCAGACAGCCUCAGCAUCAUUCCCAGCUCCGAGGCCGCGUCGCAGCUCAGCUCUCCGGCCGCCGGGCCGGGCCGGAGCGAUGCCUCGGGUUGCCAUGGGAGACGAGGGAUGAUGCAGGCCAUAAAGAACGAGAGGCGGGCCUCCAAGGUCCUGGGAAUUGUCUUUUUCCUCUUCCUUGUCAUGUGGUGUCCGUUUUUCAUCACCAACGUCACCUUUGUCCUGUGCCGCGACUCUUGCAACGAGUCGCUGCUCCACGAUCUCCUGAACGUCUUCGUCUGGGUGGGUUACAUCUCCUCCGGGGUCAACCCUCUGGUCUACACCCUCUUCAACAAGACCUACAGGAGAGCCUUCUCCAACUACAUCAGGUGCCAGUACAAAGCCGGGGCUAAUGCGGCGGGACAAGGUGGCAAAACCCUCCUCACGCCCCAGCAGUGCCCGUCGCACGCCGUCACCCCUCUGUUGAUGGGCGGCCACGACAAAUCAGGGGUGGACCGCAACAGUAACUGUCGCAAUGGCAGCAGGGGAGACAACGGGAGGCUGACGGUGGACCCGGAGGACACGACAGACGACGGGACGCAAAUCGGAUUAGUGUCGCAGAGCCUGUCGGAAUGCCACAACGCCGGCACGCUUUCGGAAACGGAGCCAGAAACGGAGAUUGAGCAGGAGCUGUCGCUCAUCAGCUACCCUCCCCCCAGAGAACACACGAGCAGCGUGUGACUGCAUGGUCACCCCCUUUUGUUCCGACUUCAACCUCCUCACCCGGGGACUAUUGCGAGGAGAGCUGCUGAAUUGCACCAGCUGUAUUCCGGACGUCAAGGAAGCAGAGGGCGGAAAGGUGUUGAAGAGAAAAAUAACCCUCAACAUUCCAAACACGUUUGCCGUCAGCUUCGCCAAAACGUUCGGUCUCAUACCAUGAAGCUCAGGUUUUGACUUGUGGGGUUGAUGUGUUCAUCAACCAAACCUUGUGUUGCAUUUCAUGGUGAUUGAGGUAUCGAGCGAGGCAAGGGACAAAGUGAAGUGGGACUCGCUGUUAACCUGGUAUGAAGUCAGGCGGCCCCUCCUGGAGUCCCACUGACGCGGGUUACAGAGCCAAACGGGCCCCCCACGGAGUCCAACUGUGACUUCGAGCCCUCGCAGAGAGUGAAGACACGGUCCAAGCAAACUCAACCAAAUACACAUCUGAAACAGUCAAGCUUGACUGGCUGAACCUUUUCACACUGCUCAGCUGACGGAGUCUACAGAGGAGACUCUUCAUAAAGGCUGCAGUGAAAGUUUUCCCUGAGAGGACAGAGAUGAAGGAAUGUACAAUCAUAUCUAGGCUCCGGUGGACUCACAGUGCCAUCUAGUGGUCAUGGAAAUAUCUUCCGCUGACCAAAGUAGAUAAAAGAGCUAAAAGUAAAAGGGGGAAAAAUAAAAAAUAAAAAUUUAAAAAGACAGAGUCCUUUCACCUUUACUGCUUCUGUCGUCAAAUACAACCACUUUGGAGACUCACAGCUUCCAAAAUGUUUUUACUGAAAUCCACAAAUAAAGUUUAAACUAAAGCGGGGGGAAAAUGUUUUUGAUAGAGUGCACAACUAUUUUACAGAUUGUCUUUAAUAGGAACAAAGCAUAUGAAUUUUUUUACACUAGCCAUUUGAAAUAGUCAUGGUUUUUAUCAGCUAGUCUUAAAUGUCGAGGUUUAUAUGCCCAUGUCGCCAUCUCUUCCUUUGUUUUCUACUCUAGAAGAAAAGCAUGGCAGUCCGCAACGUUACUUAGUGUUCAGCUGUAGUACAAGCAAGAGCUGAAAAAAGAACAUUUUCUGUCUGCUUACACCAUGAAAUGGAUCUACUUUACCUGAUCAGUCUCUUCAUCUCUGUUAAGAUGUGUGUCACUGAAAAACAACAAAAUACAGACAAUAUUCAAAUCAACAUCAAAAAUCUGAUACAGUGCCUUUCAAAAGGAUUCACAACCCUUGAACUGUUUUAGAUUUUUUAAUCUUCACAAGCAAAAAAGUUUAGUGUAGUUAAAGGGGCAGUAUUAUGUAUUUUCCAGGCAUAAAGUGCUAUUCUGUAGCACAAAAAACUGAUAUAAAAAUACUAUAUAUAUUUAAUAUAACCUAAAAGAAAUUUGACUUUGUAAUUUAACACCUUGAAAUUAGACUUCUGUCUCUUUAAGAAUCUUCUGCUCUUUCUGAAACCCAUUAUUCAGGAAGUCAUCACAGCAUGGCUCCUCUAUUAACCCUUUAACAAUAUUUUUACCAGACUUGCUCUGAGUAGUGGCUCCUAUAAUGAGCUCAGCUAAUGCGCAGUUCCACCAGGUGUUUGCUAAUUGCUGCUAGCUAGUCUGAAGGAGCUGACUGGUGGAGUCACAGAAUGUGUGAUUUGUGAGGUGGAAGUUUGGAAACUUUGAAACUGCAGGUUUAGAGGAGGAGCUGCAUCUGGAAGGCGCGUCUAGCUCCACCCAGGCGUUUUGCACAGCUGAAUGGUUGCCAUGGGAGAUUUCUCAAACUGUAUUUUAAGGGAAAAGUAGCUUUGAACAAUAUUGAGUCAGGCUGACUCAAUUCACACGCCUUUAGACUCUAAUCUUUCUGAAACGGCAUAAUAUUUUCCCUCCAGUUCAAACAAGUCAAAAUGUUAAAACAAACUUUUAAGUGUAUGAAUACUUUUGGACAGCACUGUUCCUAUAUCACCUGGUUCUCAUUACUUCCAAGCAUACAUUUUGAAUAUUUUGUAGUCUUCUCUAAAGGACACAUGGAAAGAGCGUCUGUGUUAUUUACUUCGAUGAGAAGCAGGGAUUUCAGUCAGAGCUCAGCCAUUCACCAGCUCUGUCUCUUUUGUUUUCAUCUGAACUCUUUAAGCUGCGGGAUGUCCCGUCAUGCUGCGGGCCAAAGCGUAGCAGACUCCGGACACUGAAAGCCAAUGAAUUAAAACAGGAACACUGAUGCGUUUUGCAUAUUUAUCAGCUGUGGUUGAAAAUGAAUAAUUUAAAAGGAGAUAAUCAGAUGAUCAAAGCGUUGUCCGGUUGCACCUUCCCUCUGAUGACGGCUUUUCAAAUGGAAAUGCCCGGCAGAACUGCGGCUUUGACAGGAAACACGGUGAUCAAACCAUCUAAUUCAGACCGUCAGAGCAGAGAGAGCAAAUAUGUUUCACAUUUCAAAAAUAAGGUGAGAACCUCGACACGCUUUGAUCAACCACCAACUCUGCAACUUGCAAAAUUUACAGUCCUGUCAUUCAGAAACAAUCUCUCCCCCCCCAAAACCUAACGCUAGCAUCUCUUCCAGUUUUCAACCAGACAUGGUAACUUUUUGCCUGCAAAAUUACUUUUUAAACUUUAACUUUCCAAGUUUUGGAGUCAAACUCAGCAACUUUGAGUUUCAGUCAGCUGAGGUACCAGAGUGAAGAAGCACUAACAUUUGGAAGAUCGAUAAAUAUCGAAAAAGUAGCUUAGUUAAAAAAAAACAAAAAAACUUAAACUCUCGUGAGUCGAGUUACCAAUGAAACUCAAACGUUUGAGCAUUGCAGAAAAUCUGAUUUCUAAGACAGAAGAGAGUAACAUAGAAUCUGACUUAUGGUUUUAGUCGGGCAAAUGAAGUUCAUUGGCAGAAUAGUUUCUUAUUUGUUUUGUUUUUUUAGUUUGAACAAAGCAAAAGUAUUCUCAGGUAAUCUGAGAAUACCUUGGGCCAUUGUAGACAUAAACAAAGCUGUAGUAAAUUUCUACCAAAAAAUGUUCAGAAAUGUUGAGAUUAAGCUCUGAAAUUUUCUAGAAAAAAAAGUUUGAAGUUUGAGUUUGAAAAGUCAAAAAUACUAUCUAGAAAAAAAACUGAGGUUGAGCUCAG